AUGGAUUGGUUGAAGAACAAGGCCAACACCGCGGCCGGCGGGGGAAAGGCGAGCGAGAAGAACGAGGACGGGCUUGACAAGGCGAUCGACUACGUCCAGGAGAACGUGAUGGGGCAAGGCAAGCAGAACAACGAGAGCGCUGUGGAACAGGCGAAGGACGAGCAGAUCUCGGACUAUAUCCGCGGCCAGUACAAGAGCACCACGGGCUCUGAGAUGCCAAUUAAGGAUAAAGAGACACGGCUCGGUUGA